AUGAGUAAUUGGAAAAACCCGAAUAAUUGGACCAGUAAAAACUGUUUAAACUGGUCCAAAGAAUAUUUUAAAGAGAAAUUAAUCGGACUUAAUGUUGAACAUGAAGGCAUUAAGGUCAAGAUUUCGGAUCUAACUCGAUGCACCGGCGACGCAGAUUUGAAUCAAAGAAAAGGAAAAUUUAUUCCAAUCAUUGAUUUAGUAAUAGAAUUGUCUUGGUGUGGUACCACAUCGGAUGACACCGAGGUUACGGGAAAGAUUAAUGUUCCUGAACUUCAAGGUACAGAAGGGGGUUAUGAGUUUAAAGUCACUGUUGAUGACGAAACUAGCGAUAAAGAACUUAUAAAGGAUGUAAUCCUUACCCAUCUGACGCCUUUGAUAGCCGAAAA